GGCGGGCGGGGGCGGGGCGGCGGUUUCCCUGGCAACGGCGCAGGCGGCAGCGGCCGGGCCCGGCCGACAUCUCGGGGGCCGAGGUGAUCCCUGUGUAUUUGAGCCAGAAUUAUGGGAUUGUUUGACAAGCUAGCGGGAUGGCUUGGCCUGAAGAAAAAGGAGGUUCACGUUUUGUGCCUUGGCUUGGACAACAGCGGCAAAACAACGAUCAUAAAUAAACUUAAACCUUCAAAUGCUCAAAGUCAGGAUAUCGUUCCAACAAUAGGAUUCAGUAUAGAGAAAUUCAAGACAUCGAGGUAUUUGUCUUUCACAGUGUUUGAUAUGUCAGGUCAGGGGAGAUACAGAAACCUUUGGGAACAUUACUACAAAGAAGGCCAAGCCAUUAUUUUUGUCAUUGAUAGCAGUGACAAAUUAAGAAUGGUUGUGGCCAAAGAAGAACUUGACACCCUUCUGAAUCAUCCAGAUAUUAAGCACCGUCGACUGCCUAUUCUCUUCUUUGCUAACAAAAUGGACCUCAGGGAUGCAAUAUCAUCUGUGAAAGUAUCUCAGUUACUGUCACUAGAAAACAUCAAAGACAAGCCCUGGCAUAUCUGUGCCAGUGAUGCUCUUAAAGGAGAAGGAUUACAAGAGGGUGUGGAUUGGCUCCAAGAUCAGAUCCAAGCAAUGAAGACAUGAGAGAUAAAUAAAAGAUGUAUGGCGUUCUUGUACAGACUUUGUCAGUAGGUGUGCAAGUUCCUUGGAAAGGAAGAAGGAUUUAAAGAAAAUGAACAGUUCAGCUAAAAUAUACAGUGUUGAUUUGUUUCCUUUUAGUAUCUCUUCCAGGAAAACUGAAUGCAGACAACAUAGCACCUCAGGUAUGCACAUUGAUGAAUUAAACUGAAUCUUAAGACUGGAGAGCAUAUUUAAAAAAAAAAAAAAAAUUUGUGUUAACAAUAAACAUCUGCAUUCAUUUGGGUUUAGGUGAUAAUUAGCCAUCAGGAAAUGCUCCUCUUUUUUGAGGGGAUGCCUUUUGACCAAAUGGGUAUAUUUAUUUUCUUAAGAAAGAAUAAUUAGCACUUCCUGAAAUACAGCUGCAUGAGAUACCUACUGAUUUCAGGUGCCCAUUUUUAGGCAUUUCUGCAAUUUUUUUUAUUGUGAAGUUUGAUUUUGGGUUUUUAGUAACCAUCUACAACAAGCUUCUAGAGGAAUACUUUGAUUUAAGAUACAAGGAUUCAAAUAUUCAGUGUAUUUGUUACAGAUGACUGCAGAUGUUUUUAAGGAAUAAUGAAAUGUUAUGAAUUGGUUUUGUGAUAUGCCAUGGUUAUAUUUGCAUUCCCAUCAAUAAAAUGUCAAAUAUACAACAUGCCAUGGUUUGGGGUUUUAACUUAAAUAUGUUCAUUGAUGGUCUUUACAUCUUAGAGAUUUUUGUUUUUCUGUUAGUUUCAUUUGGAAUUUGUUUGUCCGUUUUCCAAUGGAAAUAGCACUGUGUACUGUAAUAAAAUGGUAUCUUUUUUGCCAAGCUUUUUUUGAUUUGCAUCUAUUUGUUACACUUUUUAAUAAACUAGACUACUCUUCCAGAUAUUUAAAGAUCAUAUGGUUGAAAGUUGAAUUUUGGAAACGUAAGUUAAGGGACAGAUCACUCACUAGUUUACUAGAUCAUUAAUAUGAAAUGUGUCUUAUACUUCUGUUGUGUAUAAAAACUGUUUUAGUUUCAGGAAUAAUUUUUAAUAGACUUUCUGACUUCAAAGAUGUACCAUAGGUAACAAAUUAAGCCAGUGCUAAAAACUUUAUUUGUGUCACGCAUCUUAUUCCCCUUUAAUCCCUCCUCCCUUGUCCAAGACACAAGCAGACUGGCACUGGCAACACUGUAAGACUGUAUUUAACUGAGUGAUUAGCUGAUUCCUGUGGGAGCUGUAAUAUGUAGGUCUUGCAAAAGCUUCCCCCCCACCACCUUAUUAGCGUAUAAACACACAAAUGUUCUGUAAGCGUGCCUUCUAAGGCUCACUUAGAGGAAUAUUUGGAGCCAAGGGACCUGCCUGAAAUAGUAGAACAGUUUCAUGUACUUUCAGUUAUUACUAAAGAGUUAAAACUAACUCCCCUGCUUUGCUAGAGGGAACUAAGUCUUAUGUAAAAAAAAAAUCUUUCUUACAGGACGCUACAUUUCUGACAGCGCAGUUUGUCAUGAAAGUAUUUCUUUCAUGUGUGCUUUCUGUGGCAGCUUUGUCCUUCUGUCAACUCUGACUCUAAAUAGCUAUACAAAAUCAAAUACAAAGGAGGAAAAUAUAUAAUUCUGAGAUGUUUUUGAGUUGUGGGGCAGAUAAUUUUCUGAAUUACUUUACAUUGGAUAAUACAGUAACAAAAAUAAUACUUGUGGGAAACA